AGUGGCCAGACUCCUCCCCUGAAGAAAGAGAAUUGCAGUAAUAAGGAAGAGAGAGAGAGACAAGAGCACAAAGGACGAGUUACUUGUUUGUUUAUGUCGUUGUUGUAUUCAUGUUGCCGUUUUGUUUAGUCAGUGUGGAGAGAGUUCAACCCUGUUCCUGUCGACACGUGAGACCUUGCACAAGCCAUGGCGGUGAGGCAGAGGAUCUUCAACUCCACUGCCCCCUUCUCCGGGUCGCCCCUCGUCGACCUGAAGGGCUCAUACCCGAAAUGUACCGCCACAGAGAAAGGCACGCAGCAGCAGCCGCAGCAGGAAGAAGAGGAGGAGGAGGAAGAGCCGUGGAAAAGCGGCAAAGUGGACUACACAGCGCUGAGCCCCUUGUUGAAUAAAGUGCUGACUCAGGGGACUGCCGAGCAGGUUGGAGAAGCGCCGCUGAAGAGCUCCGCCUUCAUCGCACAAGCCGAAUGUGAAACCCAGGACUCCCAGGAGUUUAGUCCGUCCUGCUCCGAGCGCCCUUAUGUUCCCUCCCCCAGCUGUUUCCUCGUCAGUCUACAGCCGGAGCACAACAACGUGGCGUGUCCGACCACCGCCUUUGUCCAGGAGCCAAGCUGCUCGACGUCGACUCGUCGGCUCGGCCAGAGGAAGAAAGCGCGGAAACGGACCAAGCGCAGGGGUCGGAAAAAACAAGGCGGCAAGGAGGAGGAGGAAAGCUGCAGAUACCGAGUAGCUUCUGGAGUCCCUGAGCAGGAGAGCGGGACUUCUUUAGAGCACAUUUUGGACGAGUCGUUGCAAGGACAGAGGAGCCCCUUCAGUUCUUCUUGCUGCAGCAGUGUGGAGAGUUGUAAGGAUCAGGAUGCAUCGCCCUCUUUAUAUAGCCCAAAAAUCUUCAACACAGGGUCCAGCUGCUCCCCUCUGCCCUGGACGGGUUGUUUCAGCAAUCCCCCGCACAGCCUCCACUCCUAUGGGCAAGAGAGCGACUCCUUCAGCAGCGCCGGGGACUGCUCGCUGGCCCUCGCCGGGCUCCGGGGUAGCGUAAGUCAGGGGGACCGGUGCUACGCGGGGCCUUUUUUCAAAGACGUGGAGCGGGACGCGUGGGUGGAGGACGGCAAGGAGUGGCCGUCUCAGGACUCGGUCAGCAACGAGGGGAUCAUUUUUUACAAUGAAAAACUCCAGCCCGUGGACUCCGAAUAUAAGGAAGGGAGGGAGUUUGUCCUGUCAGAGUUCCUCAAAGAAGGUUCCUAUGGCGAAGUGCACAGUGCUCGAGAUGUCAACACAGGCUUCAAAUUUGCAGUCAAAAAGGUCAACCUGAAGAGGUUCAACAGCGAGGAGGUGAGCACGUGGAGUGCCCUCAGAUCUCUUCGCGUCCUGAAGCUCUUUGGAGUGGUCCGAGACGGCCCUUACAUUUUCUUUCUGAUGGACCACAAGUCAGGCUCGCUGGGCCAGCUCAUUCUCCAACGGGGGCGUUUGCCAGAGGACCUCAGCCUCUAUUACCUGUUGCAAGUCGGAACGGCACUGGAGUACCUGGCCAAGAAAAAGGUGGCGCAUCUAGACGUCAAAGCCGACAACGUGUUGCUGUCAGAGGACGGACGAAACUGCUUCCUGUGUGACUUCGGACACGCAGAGAGACUAGACACGGGGGGACAGAGCCUCAGCGGUUCCAGAGAACUCAAAGGCACCGAGACGCACAUGGCCCCCGAGAUCGUGAGAGGUGAGCCCCGCGGUGCCAAAGCAGAUGUGUGGAGCAGCUGCUGUAUGUUACUGCACAUGCUCAAUGGGUGUCAGCCCUGGACGCGAUAUUACACCUGUAGACUCUUCCUGAAGAUCGCCAACGAGCCGCCGCCGCUCCGAGAGAUCCCGCCCCACUGCGGCCGCCUCACGGUGGGGAUCAUGCAGGCGGGGCUGCAGAAGGACCCCAACAAGAGAGCGUCGGCCAGGGACUUGAAGGAAAGAACGGCCAGAGCUCUCCGAGAAGUCGGAGGUCUGAGAAGCCCGUCCAGCAGAUUGUACGCCGAGCCGCUUCAUUUCGCCAAAAAGCCACCCGACUCCCUGCCGGCCGUCCUAAAUGAAGGCGAGGAGCGACAAGACCAGACGAGGAGGAUCCUGCAGCUGGACGAGGAAGAGGAGGCCGACGUGUCGAAGAUUCCCUUGUUUUUCCAGCCCGGGCGCAAAAUGACCACCGUGCCCGAACUGGAGCUCCGUAAACUGGAGAGAGAUUUCUACCUGAGCAGCUUGUCCCAGCUUCACUCUGCCGAGAUGCAGGAGCAGCUCCUAUCCUGUCUCAGCAGCGACCCCUACUGCAACAGGAAGGACUCGGGUCGCUGGUCGUUGAACCCGGCAGACGACUACAGCUCCGGCGUGGGCUCUUACGGCAGCCAGCCUGACGGGCAGCAGCAGCAGCACCUGAGUUUGGAGCUACUGGGACACUCGCCCCCUCGGCCGUGCUGCUUCCAAGGCGUGGACGUCUGCAUCCGCGACUUCAACGGGGCGACCAUACGAAUCCGAGAGACUCGGCGGGUGAAGGUGGGCCACAUCGCCACUGGCAUCAGCGAUCAGAUCUCGGAGAGAGUUUUCACGCUGGAGACGCACCUGGGCCGCAAGGUCGCCCACGACGACGAGGUGCAGGAGUCCGGCCUGAAGCUCUGCUGCGUCACCGCGCCGGACUACAGCGCCACGUGGAGGUGGAGGAUCAGAGACGGGGUGCUGGAAACAAGAUGAGACGGGAGAGUGAAUAAAGUCCUUGGAGACGAUUUUUUUUACA